UCAAUUUUAACUGAAAACUCUCAAGAGGUGGCCUAUCAGCUAAUAUCAUAAGCAUAUAAUUUGCAUUGCAUGAUUGAUUGUCUGCUAUACUGCCUUUGAUUAUAAAGUUUAAAGAUACAUCAUGGUGACUAAAAGUAAAGAGGUUCCCACCGCAACGCUUUUGAUUUCCUGCCCUGAUCAGCAUGGACUGGUGGCACGCGUGGUUAACUUUAUCGACGCGAAUGGCGGAGGCAUCGUGCACGCUGCCCAACACACAGAUGUAGACAGCAGUUUAUUCUUGCAAAGAGUUCAAUUUGAGCUUGAUAGCUUCAAGCUCAAAAGGGAGGAAAUCGCGCCAGCAUUCGAUAAGAUUGCCGAAGAAAUGAAUGGUUCAUAUACACUGCACUUCAGCGAUCGGCCUAAGAUGGCGAUUUGGGUCAGCAAGCAGGAUCACUGCUUACUCGAUCUUCUUUGGCGUCAUCGUUCUGGAGAGCUCCCUGGAGAGGUCGUUGCAAUUGUCAGCAAUCACACAACACUUCAACCGAUCGCUCAGCAAUACGGCAUCACGUUUCACCACAUACCCAUUACGAAAGACACGAAGAUUCAGCAGGAGCUGAAAGCAUUAGAGUUGAUGGCUGAGGCGGGAGUAGAGCUUAUUGUCCUAGCUAAGUAUAUGCAGAUCCUGAGCGCUGAAAAUAUGGCCAGGUUCCCUCCUACGAUAAAUAUCCAUCACUCAUUCUUGCCCGCUUUCGCCGGAGCAAAGCCAUAUCACCGUGCGCACGAGCGCGGAGUUAAGAUUAUCGGCGCAACUGGUCACUACGUCACAGCCGAUUUAGAUGAGGGUCCGAUCAUUGAACAGGAUGUAACCCGAAUUAGUCAUAAAGAUUCCGUAUCAGAUUUGGUUCGGAAAGGCAAAGACAUGGAGCGGCUCGUCUUAUCCCGCGCGGUGCGCUUCCAUUUAGAGAACAGAGUUCUUCGCUACGGCAACAGGACCGUUGUCAUCGAUUGAGCUGCCUGUGAAGGAAAUUAGCAUUUAUCGGGAUUGUCGUCUCAAUAAAACAAAGCAAUACAGACAUACUAGUCAGCGACGUUGAUUUUUACGUGCUACUGAAUUUUCACGACGGCGGUGAUAGCAAGCUUUUCAGACACAGAAUUAGAUUUGUUUGCGCAUGUGUGACUGUGACUCGGUGUAUAUCUACAGUGUCACAUAAAUUGCACUUGAGUUUAUAUUUAUCGAAGUUCUUCUAGGUUCUACCUAUUUGGAAUGAAUGAGCGAUUACGUGCCACAUCUGAUUCGGAUUCACAUUCUCCACGUCCGUGAGGUUGGCUAUUAUUAAGCUUCGGCUCGUUUUCCUGUGUGCUGUUGAAUAUACGAGGUGCUAGCAGCAUGCUCAGGACUGCAUAAACUGAUGUCACACACUUGCCACGAAAUAAGAGCUUAAUGUUUCAAGGGUCUUACGUACGCGUGAUAAAUGAUUCACAGUAAUUUCGCGUGGGAUUCAUUCAGAGUGUACCCCGACGAGAAAAGUGGAUAUAAGUGCAAUAUCUUUCCGAUAGUUUGCCACAAUUGGUCGAUUUGUGGUAUUCGCCUGAUGCCAAACAAAAUGAAUCCCUGCUCAAAAGUAUACAUAAUUCAACACGCAGUAGAAGACUCGAAAAGGUACAGUCUCUUACAUAGAGGUCGCCAAACCACAAGGGAUAAUUAUGUACGGAGAACCGUUGAGGGACUGCAUAAUCAACCGCAGCCUCCUGGCAUUUAUCAAACCGACCGAUAAUAGGUAAAUUUGCCAGCUAAAUCAGUCAUUCGAAAAUAUCGUUCCACCUCAGAUUGGCUCAAGAAGUUGAUACCACGCCAGCACUGCCGAGGUUGGGACUCAGAGCGACGAAUUUUAUGAUAUUUUACAUUGCAACUGAUACCAUGCCGAAUUUCUGAGUGACUUUUUAAAUUGCUGAUUUUAUAUGGCCUUUACAGUUUACUGUGCGUAUACAUUACUACGUAGAUACGACAGUACGAGUCACAGGACGAGUCAUUUUCCAAAAUAGCGUCUAGUCCACACUCCACUGACCACUUUGCUCAAAGAGACUGUAUACAGUCUACAGUAAAUUCGCCUAUUUAGUAUUUACACCUAAGUUUAAAUCUCUUAAGGGACACAUUUCAG